CUUCUCCCCGUCAGCUGCUUGUCGCUUGUCAUAGCAACGGAAGCAUGUGUCCAGACAUCUUUGUGGAAAACACUUCUAUUGUUUGGUCGAUGAACCUAUUCAAGCAGGGGAGCAUUUAUAGAAUCAUAGUUGUAACAUUCUACUUCCACCGUUGACUGAGGAGAGCGUAAACUAAUUCUGACCAUUUUGAUGCUCAUUUUAUUUCUGAGAUUCGUCGUUAUUUUUUAAAUUUUCUUUUGUAAAGCGUCAUUUCUAACGCUAGUGUAGAGGUGUGUAGCUAUAUAUAGCAUGAAUAAAUUCGUCAGUCGGGGAGCACUGGUGUACCUUAUGUGUUUUCUGCCGUUGGCUGGAUCAGUUGUGUUUACGGACGGAGUUUACGCCGUUGAAUGGUUAGCUGAGAGUUAUAGUGACGUCAAUUGCGUCAUCCACAAUGAUCUACGGUAGGACGUACAGAUGGACGUGUGUGUGACGUUUUUAUUUCAUUAAAAAUUAAAAAAAAAAAAAAAAAAAAAAAAAUAAAAAAAAAAAAAAAAAAAAAAAGCCCAAAACAUCUCGAGCAGUGAAUCUCAAAAUUGAAUGCAUGGACCCUUGUGUGUAUGUGGGAGCAAGCAGAUUUAUCCGCUUCCCUAUCAUCAAACUAAAUUUCGUGUUGUCCAUUGAGUAUCCUGAGAAAUGCAGUUACAUGGGGAAGGGUAAGGGGCGUAGCUAGAGUUAGUGCUGCCCAUUGCGGGCCAAGCGUAUUGCCGUCCCCUUCCAUGAAAAAAUACUCCGCAGUUGGCCGAAAAUACCACCCCUCAAUAUAAAGAAAAUCAUACGGACCGAACAUCCCCAAUCCUGUAUAAUGUGGCACGUUGCUUGCUUCAUGUCUAGUGUUGCGCUGUUCCCCCUUCGCGCGCAAAAAUGACCAAGACUAAGGUUUAUUCCACUAGUGAGUACGCAGGUGGUCUGCCAGUCCGUUUUGUGACUGGAAAGCUUUCCCGCACGUGGGACACACGGUGUUUUGGGUCCGAGUCGGAUUUGAGUGUUACAGACAAAUGAGCAGGUAGACUUUUGGCAAUUAUUAAAGCAACAUAUUCAUGCAGACACCAUCGGCGCCCACAGCAUACUAGUUCAAGGUGGUUUAACCCCCCCCCCCAACCAAAAUUUAAACGAAAAAAUAGUGCUAACUAGUACUGAUAUUGCGGAAAAAAAGAAUCAACAGAGAUAAAAGUGAACUUAAUACUUAAUGUAUUACUAAAAAAAAACAUUCCCGUGGGUGCAACAGCAGCGUCAGGCCAACAGAAGAAGAUGCCCCAAAUGGCACACACAGACAUACCCUGAAGCUCAUGUCGCACAUUGGUGUUGCUACGGUUAGUGCCGCCCCUGCGGGCUAAUAUUUUUUUGCCGCCCCCUUCCAUGAAAAUAAAUUUUCUGUUGGCUGUAAGAGUGUACGGAUAACUUGAUACGAAAACUGUCAUCUAAGAAGAUGCAGAAACGUAUGGAAAAAAAAAGGGGGGGGGGGGGAGAAAGUUGGGGGGGGCACAAGAACAAGGGGAAAUAAACAGGUUGGAAAUCUCUUAUAAAUGGGGGGGGAGGGACGGAUAACUUGAUACGAAAACUGUCAUCUAAGAAGAUGCAGAAACGUAUGGAAAAAAAAAGGGGGGGGGGGGAGAAAGUUGUGGGCGGCACAAGAACAAGGGGAAAUAACCAUGUUGGAAAUCUCUUAUAAAUGGGGUGGGAGGGGUGAGAUUAAAUUAAAUGAUUACAUGGAUCUAUAUAUAAUUAAGCAAUCAUGUCCGUCCAGUAACAUUGCGUGUUAAAUCAUUUUAUUUAAAUAUUUAACACAAAAAUGCAGAAAUGCACGUUAAAAAAUAUAACCCAACUAGGUGUAGGAGUUAUCGAAUCAAUAAUCUUCCAAUAAUCAUGGCACUAUUCUUAAAAGUAAGUAUAAAAGCAAAUCUUUUCUAUAAGGAACGAUGCAACCACUUCCACGUUUGUUGACGAGAGCGAGGGCGUCUACCAGAUAGUGUCUGGUACGUUGAAAGAAAUGGCCAAAGGUUGCCGCAUAGCUCAAGGGAAAGGCAACUCUAAACGACACAAACUGUGGCGGCGAAGUAUCAUCAACAUAUUAGAGGGAAUAUACCCAGGUGAAUCAUCAAAUUAUAUGUGGUUAAUAGCCAGGUGAAUCAUCAAAUUAUUAUAGGUGAUAUCCAGAUCAAUUAUCCAAUUGUAUAGGUUACACAUAGGUGAAUUAUCCAAUUGUAUAGGUUACACAUAGGUGAAUUAUCAAAUUGUAUAGGUUACACAUAGGUGAAUUAUCAAAUUGUAUAGGUUACACAUAGGUGAAUUAUCAAAUUGUAUAGGUUACACAUAGGUGAAUUAUCAAAUUGUAUCUGUUACACAUAGGUGAAUUAUCAAAUUGUAUCUGUUACACAUAGGUGAAUUAUCCAAUUGUAUCUGUUACACAUAGGUGAAUUAUCAAAUUAGAUGAGACUCACCCAGGUUAAUGUUUUAAUUUAAAGAUAAGUCCUCAAAUGAAAGGUGAUGUAUCCAUGCAAAUAAAUACAAAUAGCUAGAGGGUAUAUAUAUAUAUCCAGGUCAAUCGUAAAAAUAAGAGGUGAAUCCCACCCCUUAUCCUAAAUCGCACCCUUAUCCUAAAUAUCACGCUUACCCUAAAUCCCACCCUUACCAUAAAUCCCACCUUUACCCUAAAUCUCAUCCCUUAACCUAUAUCCCGACCCUUACCCUAAAUCCCACCUAUUACCCUGAAUCCUACCUCUUACCCCAAAACCAACCCUUACCAUAAAUCAAAAACCUUUCCCUAAAUCUGACCCUUCCCUUAAAUUCCACCGCUUCCUAAAUACCACCCCUUACCCUAAAUCACUCCCUUUACCCUAAACACCAUUCCUUACCCUUAAUCCCACCAUUUAAUCCUAAAUCAAACCCCUUACCCUAAAUCCCUCCCUUUACCCUAAACACCAUCCCUUACCCUAAAUCCCACCCCUUACCAUAAAUCAAACACCUUACCAUAAAUCCCACCCUUACCCUAAACCCCACCCUUACCCUAAAUCCCUCACCUUACACUAAAUCCCACCACUUACCCAAAAUCCCACCACUUACCCUAAAUCCCACCCCUUACCCUAAAUCCCACCCUUACCCUAAAUCCCUCACAUUACCCUAAAUCCCACCACUUACCCUAAAUCCCAUCCUUACCCUAAAUCCCUCACCUUACCCUAAAUCCCACCCUUACCCUAAAUCAAACCCCUUACCCUGAAUCCCACUCCUUACCCUUAGUCCUAUUCUUUACUCUAUAUCCUAUACCUGACCACAAUUUGAUACCUAUACUUUAGAAAAGUUGUAUACAUUAGCAAAUGCUAUCUUUUCAAUUUUCUUUCAAUGACAGGCACGAUGUGGUGCGGGCAGGGUAGCUUGACCAAGAACGAAACAGACCUGGGGUACUACAACUUGACCGACGCCUGCUGCAGGGAGCAUGACCACUGCCGGGAGUACAUAUCACCUGGCACCUCAAAGUUCGGGAUCAUGAAUGACGAGCAGUACACCAUGUAGGUGUUAGAGUUUUAAUGUCGACUCUUAGCUUAUGCUAAAGCUACGGCAGACCCUCAGUACGAAAAUACUUUUGCACAAUAAUUUAAAAUACGUAUUUAACCCCCCCCCCCCAACCUACAAAAACACAUUUAAAAAAAAAUGUAAUAUAUGUACCUCGAAACUUUGUGAGGUUAGGUUCCAGAAAUCGUCGCGGAUCAGAAGUCACUAAAUAUGUUUUAAAAAUAUUUAUAUCCAGAGUUUAACCCCCAAAUAUGACACAUCUGUACCGUACUUGACAUAAAUAAAAAAAUCGUUUCCACAGGGAAGCCAAGUUUUUUCGAAGGAAUUUCUUAACUGAUUUCUUGCAUGUUUUUAACUCCCCACCCCCACCCCCUCUUAAACCCCCCAAAAAUUAUUUAAAAACACAUAAAUAGAAUUUUAAUUUACAAAAUUAAUUUGUUUAACGAUUUUACAAUUAAAACCAUGAAAGUUUAUAUGGCUUUAAAACAUGUAACAUUCACACGUCUGCUGGGUUUUUCGAGCAAUUAGAAACUUUCGCAAAUCUGGAGAAAAAAAUCGAGAAUGCAAAUUAGUUAGGUUCCAAGCACAAGUUCGCGAAUCUUGAAACAAGAAUGCACGAUGUAUUACUGUAAAUAUGUGAUAUAUAUAUAUAUAUAUAUAUAUAUAUAUAUNUAUAUAUAUAUAUAUAUAUAUAUAUAUAUAUAUAUAUAUAUAUACAAUGCUUUUUUUGUAAAAAAAUAGGUGUCGGUACUCAGUGAUGGAUUGCCUAACUAACUUUACCAGUUUGCACCUCGAUGCAAGCUAAAUCACAACUGCAAAGAUACUAAAUGUCUAAAAAAAAUUAUUAUUGCGCGCAAUUUUAAAAUCAUUCAAUUUUAACAAAUUAAUAAUAUAAUAAAUUAAUAAAAAACGUUAAAAUACAAGAAAAGUAAUAAUUUUGUCCCCACAUUGAAAAAGGUGCCGGUACGCCGUACCGGUGCGUACCGGCACAAAAAAGCACUGUAUAUAUGCUAAAGCAUAGUGUGUCAGCUCAAGACUUCAAUAAAUCUACCUCAUCACACCAAUCCGGCAACCGGAUAAAAAUCACUGUAGAAUAUUUUUUUUUUAAACGAACAUAAUUCAGUUAUGGAAGUUUUUCUUCUUUAAACAACCCCCAUUAGAAAUAACGCUAAAAAUUCACCACAAAAAAUCUUCUGCUUCUUUAAAAAUACAAAUAAUCCUGAUCUUAAUUGUCUUCAUCUCGUUUAGAGCCAUUGCCACAAAGACGUGCUUUUAAAAAAAAAAUUUUUCGAAUCGUUUCAACCUGAUCCCACUCCACUUCUCACCAUACCUUUCAAUCGAAUCUUGCACUGAUGCUCGAAACUAGGAGCCAAAAUGAUCAAUAAAUUGAUCGUGGGCCCUUAAGAUAUAGAAGAUAUAGAAACUUAAACGUUGCCUUUUGAUAGGGAUGUUCGAGGUCAUAGUGUAGUCUUUUGAUGGUGAUGUUCGAGGUCAUAGUGUAGUCUUUUGAUGGUGAUGUUCGAGGUCAUAGUGUAGUCUUUUGAUGGGGAUGUUUGAGGUCAUAAUGUAGUCUUUUGAUGGGGAUGUUUGAGGUCAUAGUAUAGUCUUUUGAUGGAGAUGUUUGAGGUCAUAGUGUAGUCUUUUGAUGGGAAUGUUUGAGGUCAUAGUGUAGUCUUUUGAUGGGAAUGUUUGAGGUCAUAGUGUAGUCUUUUGAUGGGAAUGUUUGAGGUCAUAGUGUAGUCUUUUUGAUGAGGAUUUUUGAGGUCGUAGUGUAGUCUUUUGAUGGGGAUGUUUGAGGUCAUAGUGUAGUCUUUUGAUGGGGAUUUUUGAGGUCCUAGUGUAGUCUUUUGAUGGGAAUGUUUGAGGUCAUAGUGUAGUCUUUUGAUGGGUAUUUUUGAAGUCAUAGUGUAGUCUUUUGAUGGGGAUGUUUGAGGUCAUAGUGUAGUCUUUUGAUGGGGAUUUUUGAGGUCCUAGUGUAGUCUUUUGAUGGGGAUUUUUGAGGUCAUAGUGUAGUCUUUUGAUGGGAAUGUUUGAGGUCAUAGUGUAGUCUUUUGAUGGGAAUGUUUGAGGUCAUAGUGUAGUCUUUUGAUGGGGAUGUUUGAGGUCAUAAUGUAGUCUUUUGAUGGGGAUGUUUGAGGUCAUAGUGUAGUCUUUUGAUGGGGAUGUUUGAGGUCAUAACGUCUGACCCUGUCUUAAAAGCUGUCCUUUUGCUUGACCUGAGUGUAUUUUCUGUUGGUCAGUUGUGUGUGAAAUCCACGAUGACACUGCCAAACUCCCUGACUUUAGUUCUCCUAUCCUUGAUACUAUUGUCGUUAUCGGAAGCUUGAUCACUGUUUUAUCUCCUAUCCUUGAUACUAUUGUCGUUAUAGGAAGCGUGAUCGCUGUUUUUUCUCCUAUCCUUGAUACUAUUGUCGUUAUAGGAAGCUUGAUCACUGUUUUAUCUCCUAUCCUUGAUACUAUUGUCGUUAUAGGAAGCUUGAUCACUGUUUUUUCUCCUAUCCUUGAUACUAUUGUCGUUAUAGGAAGCUUGAUCACUGUUUUUUCUCCUAUCCUUGAUACUAUUGUCGUUAUAGGAAGCUUGAUCACUGUUUUUUCUCCUAUCCUUGAUACUAUUGUCGUUAUAGGAAGCUUGAUCACUGUUUUUUCUCCUAUCCUUGAUACUAUUGUCGUUAUAGGAAGCUUGAUCACUGUUUUUUCUCCUAUCCUUGAUACUAUUGUCGUUAUAGGAAGCUUGAUCACUGUUUUUUCUCCUAUCCUUGAUACUAUUGUCGUUAUAGGAAGCUUGAUCACUGUUUUUUCUCCUAUCCUUGAUACUAUUGUCGUUAUAGGAAGCUUGAUCACUGUUUUUUCUCCUAUCCUUGAUACUAUUGUCGUUAUAGGAAGCUUGAUCACUGUUUUUUCUCCUAUCCUUGAUACUAUUGUCGUUAUAGGAAGCUUGAUCACUGUUUUUUCUCCUAUCCUUGAUACUAUUGUCGUUAUAGGAAGCUUGAUCACUGUUUUUUCUCCUAUCCUUGAUACUAUUGUCGUUAUAGGAAGCUUGAUCACUGUUUUUUCUCCUAUCCUUGAUACUAUUGUCGUUAUAGGAAGCUUGAUCACUGUUUUUUCUCCUAUCCUUGAUACUAUUGUCGUUAUAGGAAGCUUGAUCACUGUUUUUUCUCCUAUCCUUGAUACUAUUGUCGUUAUAGGAAGCUUGAUCACUGUUUUUUCUUUCUAAGUUUUAAUUUGAUUUGUUAACAGAUGCAGCUGUGAGUGUGACAAGAAAUUUCGCGCGUGCUUGCAGGCAGUAGGCACGUUCACGUCACGUGCUGUUGGGUCACUGUUCUUCAACGUGGUCGGGAUACACUGUAUUGAAACCAAACCCAUCUCAGUGGCUGGUUUCAUCGUAGGCAGGUGAGAAAUACAGGUAUUUUUUGUAAUAGGCAGGUGAGACAUGCAAGUAUUUUAGUUAUAGGCAGGUGAGGCAUGCACGGAUUUUAGUUAUAGAUAGGUGAGACAUACAAGUUAUUUAUAGGCAGGUGAGACAUUGAAGUAAUAUAGUUAUAGACAGGUGAGACAAAAUAUUUCGCUCUUAGGAAGAUUAGUAAUUAGUAACCAUAUGAGAUAGGUGAUAGGCACUAGAGCCACAGUGCAAAAGUAAGGACUGCAUUUCUGUAUGGUCAAGUGACUCACAGACACAUUUGAAGGAAACUUCAGAUGAUCACAUAGAACAGACCGUGAAGUAUCGAUUACUGAUGCAUCGAUUACUGUAGUAUCGAGUACUGCUGUUAUCGAGUACUGCUAAAGGUGAGCGGCAUUCCUUUUACUGUAGAGACCCAUCAUUCACCGGCACACGGGUAGAUGUUGGUGGCUGGCGGGAAUGAGAUGAAACGGAUAACCUGCAAGUGAGUCAUGUAGAAGCGGGCGUUCUGUUAUAAUUAUUUUAUGUUAUAUUCUGUCAAACUCAUGAGCUUUUCAUUGUGUACAUUUUUUUCAGGACGGCGGAGUUGUUUCCCCCUGAGCCCUACGACCAGGAGUCCAAAGUUCACACCUUCAGCGAAGUCCUUGCAGGAAACGUCACUCUGACGGGCUGGUUGGGAUCUCUGUUUGGCGGGAAAUAAGUCAUUUCCAUACUUAAAGUAUAUGAUUACAUAAAGACACCUACAUAAUCAUUUCACACUUAAAGCAAAUGGUCACAAUGACACUUCGUAGCUGUUCUCAAAGGCUGGAAUUAGAGCGCAAAGAUAUAUGCGCAUUUUCCUCGUCUAAAACUGAGCCUACGAAACUCUUGUUUAAAUAAAAAAGGCAUCUCUAAAUAAUUCUCAGUUUGAGCAUCUAAGUAAAAAAUGUUACAACCCGAAACACAACCGUCACAAAACAUGGCUGGCUUUCAUGGUGAUAUUUAUUGCAGAUACAUAGUAUAUGUUUUUGUUUUUUUACUCUGUAAGUCUUUGUUAAGUUAUAUAAUUUUUAUGUCAUCUCAAAUAAAGGAUCAUAAC